CCCGCCAUGGCCGGGUCCCCACUGCCGCCCCGCAGCCUCCAGACCCCAACAGCCGCCACCCCGACACCAACCGGGGAGCUCUGCAGACCCAGCAGCGGGUCCGGGCUGCGGCGGUGCGGGGGUCCGGCGGGCAGGAGGGGAUCAGGGGCGGCCGGGGGCUCACGGCAGAGCGCCAGCGAGAGGGAGAAGCUGCGGAUGCGGCGGCUGGCGCAGGCCAUGCACCGGCUGCGGCACUACCUGCCGCCCGCACUGGCGCCCGCCGGGCAGAGCCUCACCAAGAUCGAGACCCUGCGCCUCGCCACGCGCUACAUCGCCCACCUCUCGGCGCUGCUGGGCCUCAGCGAGGAGGUGCUGCUACUGCGCCGCGGGGCGGCCCCCCGCCGCUGCCCGCUCUGCCCCGGGGGCCUGGGCUGCUGCCAGCCCCCGCAGCCCCGGCCGCGCUCCCCAGCCCCGCAGGAGAAUUCGCCCCCCGGCUCGGAGGGUUGGGGGACCCCCCCAGAGCUGCGCAGGGCUCUGGAUGCGGGGACGGGGACCUGGGGGUCGCUCUCCAACGGCCCCGUGUUGGAGACCCAUCCGCAGCUGCACGUGGUUCCUGACGUGGGGAUGGGGCUCUGGUCAUCACCGUCCUACAGCCCCACCGCGGGGACCCCCGCAGAGCUGCAUGGGAUGCCGGGCUUUAUGUCACAGCCCUCACCAUCACCGCUGUGCAGCAUCAGAGCAGCGACCCUGAUGGAGCCCCCGCGGAGAUGCGCAGCAACCACAGGCACCAGGACAGGUCCCUCCUGCUGCACAGAGCCCGCAGCCCCCUCCCUGCCUCCUGGGAUGAGAGCAAAGGCCUUGGGACCUUCAGGACUCCACACAUGCGGCUCUCAGAUCGGCAGCCCCCUGGACCAGGAUGUGUUCAUCUCCUCCGACGUCCACGGGACCCCUGUCCUGCCCGGCUGCAGCCCCGCACGGUGCUGGGGGUGGUGGAGCUGAUGCGGUGCCCACAGCUGAUGACGCAGCAUGGGGACAGUGCCAAGAGGCACUGCGGGACACUGGGAGGGGCUCCUCAUUAAAGCUGCUGUGCGCUGCUGCACUUUGCCUUUGGUUAUUGCGGGGCUCCUGAUCACUGCGCUCCGACAGGGAAUGGGGCCCCGGGGUUGGGUUGUGGGAGGGCAAUGUUCAGCCUUCACCUCCACAUUACACACCUCGAUGUGCUGCCCCCAGUCUCGGGGCUUGGUGUACUGUCCCACAGCUCAGAGACGUUCCCAGGGCUGGAGUGACAGAGGGAUCCCAUUUCUGGUCUCCCUCAGCCCUCCACCUGCCCCAGUCCCACCGAUCGCCGGGGCACGGCGCCCAUCCACCCGCCGACCCCCCCCUCCUUUCUGCACCCACGAGGGUUUGGGGUUGGGGCUCGAGGAGCUGCGCCACCCCCCCCCGCAGCGCCGCGGCCGAGCUCACACGCAGCCGUCAGACGGAGAGGCCGAGCGCUGGCGUCGGCGCAGCCCCCGGAGCCACUUAGCACCGGGCUCCUAACAGCCUCUGCUCCAGCCAUUUCCUGCCCCGGCCCCGCUC